UUCCUGCGGGAGUGUAUCACAGACUGGGAACUGUCGACUUCUUCGGUUCUUCCCGACCUAGCUCCCUCAUGGCGUCGUCGGCGGACCCGCCGCCGAAGAAGCGGAAGCUCGUCGAGGCCCAGACCCCGAGCCCCUCAUCCACUUUGCUGACGCGCCCGCCCCCGCCUCUGUGCCCGGGCCUACUUCCUACCCCGCCGCCUCCCCAAACCCUAGCCGCAGCGGCGCACUCCUCACCACCGCCUCCUCCACAGUCGCCGCCGCCGUCAUCGGAGGAGAUCGUCCGCAAGCGCCGCAACCAGGAAGAGCUGCGCAAACUCUUCGAGUGCUACCGCCGCAUCCGGCUCUGCGUGGAGGGCAAGGACGCGCGCCUCAUGCCCGAGCUCGAGCAGGUCUACCUUGCUCUCAUCACCGCCUCCCGUGGUUGCACAAGUGUACAACAUAUUUUAGCUAAUUUGAUUCCUCAAUAUGCCUCCUACUGUCCUACUGCACUUGAGGCAGCUGCUAAAGUUUCCAUCAACAUGUACAAAUGGAACUUGGCCAUUGUAACAAGAGGGGGUGAUGUGGAUGUUGUGGCAUACCGGACUUGUAGGGCUUGUAGUAUUGGCUUAGUGGACAUAUGCUCUACAGCAUCUUCUGAAGCUCCCAAGUCAGCUGUUAUCACAGGAAUCUGCUCCGCGGUUUAUAUGAGUGUCCUCACCUUCUUCAUUUCAACAUUUGAUGGGAAGGAUAUAUAUCAUAUAGGCUCCAGAAGACUUUCUAAGCUUCAGGACCCUGUGGAAUUGUUAGACAUUUUAAAGGAGGAGUCAGGGGGUCACAACCAACCGGCGCAUGACUGUUUAUUUGAACUCAGAGCACUCUCCUUGCUGUGCAUAUUUCUUUUAUUCCCAAAGAACCUACUAGAAGCGUGUUUUGUGCUGAUUGCUUCUGCUGAAGUUGACCAUGUAAAAAGAGGACUGUACUGUUUAAAUCAGCUAACCUGCCAUCUGAACAAUGGUACCUCAAAUGAUUCUCUGGACAAUAAUGCUGAUGUAGCAUCACAGUGCAUAGAUAUGGAAAUAGAUAUGGACAUAGAUAUGUCUGACACCGAAGAGAUUGCUGAUUCAAAGCCUUCCGAUGUUUCUGGCGUGUCAGGAAGUUCCAUGGCAGAGUCAAAUGAGUGUUACAUCACAAUGGCAAUUUCUAGGCAUCCAUCUUUGAGAGGUUGGAUAGUGCGGAGGUACAAAAAGCUAUGUGAUUCAUGUAGAUCUGAUGUGCUUUCAGAGGUGUCAUCUUGCUUAAAAGUUUUGGGCUCUUUAUCAGAACUUGAUGAGGAUAAAAGUCACAUGGACUGUGAAUUAUCAGUACCGGAGAAGCUCGACGAAAGUGCAGGAGAAAAAACUGACAAUAUUGAUAGCUAUGAAGGAAAGUCUGUGCAGAUGGUGCAUUCUGAUGAUUUGAAAACUGAGAAGCUGGCAGAUGCGAAAACUGCUGGUUGCAAGGGUGGGACUGCAGUUCAGGUUGCAAGACCUGAUCUUUAUGUUGCUUCUGUCUCAAGUGAUGUAAUUUCAGUUUCGAAGGAACUUUGGGUUGGCUCACUGGGAAAUAAUGCUGCAGAGGCACUAGUUCGAUCUAAGUUCGAGGAGUUUGGCCCAUUAACAAACUUUCUGUUUCAUCCAUCCAAAGAUUUUGCCUUAGUUGAAUAUGGAAACAUAAUGCAUGCUGUUCAGGCAGUUGGAUACAUGCAGGGUUCCUCUAUUUGGGGUGGUGGUCUUCAAAUAAGGUAUUUAGAUAGACUUAUAGGUAGUAAGGGAUUUAUUGGUGGUAUAGCUGUUGGUGAAAGCUGCCAUAUUUAUGUUGCUAAAGUCAAGAAUCAGAACGAAAAAGAUGAUGUGUUUGGUGAAUUGAAGUCAGCAGGGCUGAAGAGACCAUGUGGCUUCAUUGAUAUCUCCAGUGAAAAUGCUUUGCUUCUUGAAUUUGAAACAGCGGUUGAUGCAGCUGUUGCAAAAGCCCAUAUAAGGCGCCAAGCUGAUUCAAAUGUUUCUUCCCAGGAUAAUGAUACAUCUGCUUAUCAACUUUUUGUGCAAAACAUGGAUAAGUCCAUCCCUGACUCGGAAUUUAUCAAUGCUUUCUCACGUUUCGGUGAGAUCUGUAGGUGGAAAUUUAAUAGGCUCGAUGGGAACUGUUUGAUAGAUUAUAAAUUACACAGUGCUGCUUGCUCUGCGAAAUCCCACAUGCAUGGUGCAAGAUUUGGGCUGAAGUCGAUUAGUGUUGAAUCAAGGGCAUGCAGCUCUAUAUCUGUUCAUGAUAAAACAUUGUCACCUGUUAUUCCAAUGUCAGCCCAGAGUGCUUCUGACAGCAGCAGUUGCCAUGAGACAAGUGAUGGGAAAAUAUGCAGGAAUCCAAGGGUUUCAGGUUAUCAUGCAGGUUACACGGUACAAGGGGAUAGGCCAAUUUAUGGUCCACCACCUCCCAAUGCAAAACAAUUAUGGCACUAUAAGGAGCUAGAGUCAAACAGAACUCCACAAGGAAUUCUUCCCAUCCCACCUGUUUCCACACACCGUGCUUCUGUAAUACCACCACCACCACCUAUCCAAACUUCUUUUGUCCGUCCUGUAUAUCCUGGUCCAGGCAGUCCAUGGGAAAACACUACCCCAAUUCCACCCUUCAGCCGUGUUUCUCCUCGCAUGAUGCCCGGAAAUAACUUCCGUAUCAAUCCGCCUGCUCCUCUUCCCUUCAUUCCAUCUUCUAUUACCCCUCUUACACAGCUUCCUGGAGGUUCAGCACAGCAUCCAGAGAAAAUGCCACCACCUCUAGAUAUACCGCCUCCACCACGAUCUCCACCACCAUUACCUAUUUCCCGCCCACCUUCUGCUCCACCGCCCCCAGAUUCUCCUCCAGUGCAUCCUGCCACAGACCCUUCUAACUCACAGAAGCCAUAUUCUCAUCCUCAGUGGCAGGGUUCUAUUACAAAAAGUGGCUUGCACUACUGCACAAUCUAUGCAAGUAGAAUUGAGUUGGAUGUCUGUAGAUAUGAAAAUGCUGUUUCUGAACCAGCAGAAUGGCCUUCAAGAUUAGAUGUGACAAAGCGCACACGUAUCCAGCAUGUGAAGACGAUUUUCUCCAAUACUCCACCUAGUAAAAGAGAAGUCUGUCGGUUGUUGCCUUGUUCAAAUGGUGAUCAGAAAGGGUUCCGGGAUUUUAUAUCCUAUCUCAAACAGAAAGAAUACGCUGGGGUCAUAAAAAUUCCUCCAGUGAAGCCCAGGUUGUCGAGACUGCUAUUCAUCCUUCCUCCCACAUCCGAUGUGUUUGGCAUGCUAGGCCUUCCGCCUCAUCCGGCUGAAUGUCUAAUUGCUCUGAUCCUGCUCAAGGAAGCAACCAGUGAAGUGUCUUGACACGAUUGUCGUGUAUGCAAACUGUAAACCUUGUUUUUUUCAUCUGUGCGCCCAACAAGCACUGCAGCGCUGUGGUCCGUUUUAUUUUAUUUAUACGGAGUAUUAGAAAUGUUACUGUCUGAAACUAAUACUGUGAGCCUUCUUCCCAGCAGUGUUACAUGUUCCAGGGAAGCUGGCGUGUGCUGUACGGGUAACACUCAGCCCUAGAGUCACGCGAACAUCAAAGUUACGACUCCGGUUUAAAACCAUAAUCAAAAUAUUAUUUUGCC